AUGGGCGGUGCGGGUGAACGCGCUUUUCGGACAUUCAACGUGGAGAACCGGGCCCGGCCGGAGAUAGCAGGAGAAGCCACUGACCCGCGCCGCGGCACGCUCGCAUCGCCGCAUGACGCCACGGCGGUGGCGUGCGGCUCGCGGGCGGGGGGGGUGCCGGCGGGGGGCGGUGUCUGUGGGGCCGCGCGGUGCGCGCGCGGGGCGGAGGAGGGAGAGCGGGUGCCGGGGCUGUUGCUAGGGGCAGUUGCUGGGGUGGUACUGCAGAUCUGUACCCAGUGUGCCACAAGCUUCCCACAAGCGUGUGCUUCCCACAAGCGUGUGCUUCCCACAAGCGUGUGCUUCCCACAAGCGUGUGGUUCCCACUGUGCUGUGGCAGAUCAACCAGAGAUAAAAGAAGAAAUUUUAAGAAAGGACGAUAGGCUUCUCACAUUGCUAAAAGAUGUUUAUGUCGAGUCCAGAGAUCCGCCAGUACAGGUAAAAGAUGGAGGUGGAGAACAUCUUCCGUGUAAACAGGAGGAAAAGAGACUUACAAAACUAGGCCAUUUGGGAGCUCUAGAUGUUAAAAAAGUUUCCAAAGGCAAAAUUUCCAUUGUGGAGGCUCUGACACUUCUUAAUAAUCAUAAACUUCAUCCUCAAAUAUGGACUGCAGAGAAAAUAGCAGCAGAAUACAGUCUGGAACUGAAGGAUGUCAACUCUCUUCUGGAAUUCUUCAUUCCUUUCACCGUGCAGGAAUUUCCUAAAGAAACCAAAAAAGCUAUAAAGUCAACAUAAAAAUACUUGCCAAAACCUGGUGUGAUCUCACUUGUGUCUUAAUUUUACUCUUAAGUAUAUUCAGUGUCUGAAAGUUCAGAGUCGGUAACAUGUUGUGCAACAAUGCCGCUUCCUUAUACCAGUGAGAUGUAUUCAAGCAAUUCCAUUCUGUAUUGGAUGGCUUGCAUGAAAUGCAGCAAUUACAGUUUGUAAACCAGAAUAUGACCAGUAAGUGGUAUGAGAGCAUGUCACACAGUUCUGAUUAUCCCAUUCAAACAUUACAAGUUCAGUUAAAGCACUUUACCUUAACAUUGAAAGAUUGCCUUUCUUAGCAGAGACCUCCUGGCCUGCAGCUAAACAGGUGCUCUGCAGGUGUUAGCUCUGUAGUUUCAUGUUGCUGUGUUCUUUCAAGGAUUUGUUGCCAAGGUGUGUGUAUAUGCAAACAGCUGUCUUUCUUUUGUGUAAGAAUGGAAUAGUAGUUAUACUUUGUAAAGAAGGUUAACCACAAGAUUUGGGAAAUUCAGCUGUGUCAACUAUAAAAUAAAAAGAUGAA